UAAGAGUGGUACUACUAAUUUUUUAUUUUCGAAUAGUGGCAUAAGAGGUGAGCCUUCACAUUUUAUGUUGAUUUUGACCAUUUUUCCGAUAACUUUCAAAUUGCCUAAGAUAGUUUGUAACUACAAAAUUUAAUUGUAAACAUUGCCUAACAUAUUCACGUAAUUACGAAAUUGCACUUUAGAACUUCCAAAUUGUAAAACUUCGGCUCCCACAGGGGAAACAAAGCGACCGUUUUGCUCAUCAUUAUUUAUAGCCGCCGGCGAAUUGAUCGGUAAAAAAAAAAACUUCCGACGUUUCUACAAAGUUGCGAAUCAUGAUCUACCUCUCUAGACGCUCACUCUCUUCUCUUCUCCGAUCCGGUUUCAAUCUCCGCGGCGAUCUUACAGCAGCAGCUGUCUCUUGUUCCUCUCUCUUCUCCGACGCGGACGGUGGGAUUAAGAAGUUACACUCGCGAGCUGGGAAUGCAGUGUUAUGGAGAAAUAGUCAGCUAUGUAGUUCUCAAGGAAGCUUUUUUGGACGAGGAGGACAAGUCUCAGGUUCUGUGUUUCGAUGUUUCUGCAGUGGUAGUGAUACUUCUCCUCCUAGCUUGGAUCGGAAGUUUUUGGCUCAGCUAUGGGUUGCAGAUAAGAAAAAGCUAAAGGCUAUGGAAAAGCGAUAUAAGAAAGCUUCUAAGCAUAGGAACUACACUGAAAAUGAUGGAUUUGAUGUCCAUUUUGAAACUGUUGAGCCUACAGUGGAGCAACCACCGGUUAGCCAGUCUAUGUCUGGUCUUCUGAAGCCUAAAACUUCUGAUGAGGCCAAAAUUGCAACUCUGCUUGCACGAUCGAAUUUGCUGGUUACAAGAGAUAUUGAAUGGGCAAAUCUGGUUCUUGGUUUUGAACAGGAAAAUCGCUAUAUUGUAGUAGAUGUUUGCUAUCCUGAGGCACCUGUGGGGUCUAUCCGAGAACAAAGCAAUUUACUGGCGCGGCAGCUGCUUCGUACCCGGCGCCCAUUUGUUGCUUCCAUAACUGAUGCUUUGGGUAAUGAGCUUUUCCGGGUUCGUCGACCUUUCUGGUGGCUCACAAGUUCAAUAUAUGCUGAAAUUGAUGGAGAGGAAAUUGGUGUUGUUCAUCGACGAUGGCAUCUAUGGAGAAGAAUUUAUGAUUUAUACCUGGGGAACAACCAGUUUGCAGUGGUAGAAAAUCCUGGGUUUUGGAAUUGGACAUUUACAGUGAAGGAUGCUGAUGGGGAAGUCUUAGCCCAAAUAGAUCGUGAUUGGAGAGGUUUUGGCUUUGAGAUAUUCACAGAUGCUGGGCAGUACGUGAUCCGAUUUGGAAAAGCUGAUGCUGCAGCCAAGACCGGCCCUGCGACACUGGUAGAAGAGUUAGAAGUGAAACGGCCAUUGACUUUGUCAGAAAGAGCUGUUGUCCUUACGCUUGCGAUUUCACUAGAUAAUGAUUACUUUUCAAGACAUGGUGGCUGGGGAAUCCCAUUCAUGGCGGUGGGUGAGUAGUAGGUAGGAUUCAGUUUUUCACACUCUCUGUUUCGGGUAAUGACUUGUGUGGCUAUCUGAAAACUUGAGCCUUGUGUUGUGUUUCUCUGUCUCGUUUCAACUCAUACGAGUAUGCAGAGUAAAUGUAACUUUAAAUCAUUCGACAUAAAUCGGUUUAUAUAAUGAUGAUUAUUGUGGAUGAUGACCAAUCUGUCGAGAAGAAUGUACUAUACAUGUGUCCUGGGGAAAGAACGAGAUCUGUCUCUCAAGUGAUGGAAACGGCUACCACACGUACACGUUAGGGUGGAGUAACGGUGGUGACACCGGACGUGGUGUAACCAUGCCGAUCAAGUAUCUGAUAUAGCUGAUUAACUCUUCCAAGAACCAGUUUCUCCAUUUUCAACUACCACUGGAUUCUUCUCUACUGUUUCAACGAUGUUCUCUUAAAUUGAAGGAUCGGAAGAUUCAUCAUAUACGGAGAUAAACUCACAGAACCUAUCAAUAUCGGCAAUCGACUAAAAUAAAACAUCUCCUAUUUCUACACUUAGCUACAACUAAAAUUGUAGUCGAUUAGCAUAAGAUUAACAAAGAGUUCCCAAAAAAAGGAAACGUAGCAAGUAGGCAAAAUUGUAAAUGGCUAGAAAGAAGUCGGUCGGAUUAAGAAUCCAUAUCUACAUAUACAUUUUUGCAGUUAUUCUAGUAAAUAAAUCUUGUAUUUGGCAUUUAUUU